CCCCCGCCCCAGCGAUUUGUGUUGGUGUGGGUGCUGGUCCCUGUCGGGUGCGUGACAGGUGCCGGUGUGUGUCUGCGGUUUGGGACCGUGGAAGACAAGCUUACAUAAGUGGUUAGGCGAGCUGGCGUGCGGACUUGUGUGGGACGGGUGCAGGUCUGCAUAUAAAUCAUGUUCCUGCUUUCUGGGUGUGAAGCGCUCACCAACCGGGACGAGGGAGCAGAGCCCAGGAGCUUCCAGGGGACUUCCGAGCCCUCCGGUUUUGUGGUCGCAGUGUGAAAGAAGACACGCAGGAUGGCUCAAGGAUCUGGGGAUCAACGAGCAGUGGGAACUGCUGACCCAGAAGAGAGUUCUCCCAACAUGAUCGUCUACUGCAAAAUAUGGACAGUGUUGAAAUACAUAUUCCUGGAUGGAUAUAAUGCAAUUGAAGACAUCAUUACAAAGAUGCAAGAUGACAAGACAGGGGGUGUGGCCAUCAGAACAGUCAAGAGUUUUCUUUCCAAAAUUCCGAGUGUUGUUACAGGUACCGACAUUGUGCAGUGGCUUAUGAAGAACCUUUCGAUCGAGGACCCAGUUGAAGCAAUACACUUGGGAAGCCUGAUAGCUGCCCAGGGCUACAUCUUUCCCAUCUCAGACCACGUGCUCACCAUGAAGGACGAUGGUACCUUUUAUCGGUUCCAGGCUCCUUACUUCUGGCCUUCCAACUGUUGGGAACCUGAAAAUACUGACUACGCCAUCUAUCUCUGCAAGAGGACAAUGCAGAAUAAAGCAAGACUGGAGUUGGCAGAUUAUGAAGCAGAAAACUUAGCAAGACUCCAGAGGGCCUUUGCAAGAAAGUGGGAAUUCAUCUUUAUGCAAGCAGAAGCACAAGUCAAAAUUGAUCGAAAAAAGGACAAGACAGAAAGGAAAAUUUUGGAUAGUCAAGAACGGGCCUUUUGGGAUGUCCACAGGCCAGUGCCAGGCUGUGUGAACACAACUGAAAUGGAUAUCAGAAAAUGUCGACGCUUGAAGAAUCCACAAAAGGUUAAAAAGUCAGUGUACGGUGUAACUGAAGAGUCCCAGUCGCAGAGCCCUGUGCACAUACCCAGCCAGCCCAUCAGGAAAACUACAAAAGAGGACAUCCGCAAACAGAUAACAUUUUUGAAUGCACAGAUUGACAGACACUGUUUGAAAAUGUCCAAAGUGGCUGAAAGUUUAAUUGCUUACACGGAACAGUAUGUGGAAUAUGACCCCUUCAUAACGCCAGCAGAGCCAUCUAAUCCUUGGAUCAGCGAUGACAUCACUUUAUGGGACAUAGAAAUGAGCAAAGAGCCCAGCCAGCAGCGAGUAAAAAGAUGGGGCUUCUCUUUUGACGAGAUAUUGAAGGACCAGGUGGGGCGGGACCAGUUCCUACGAUUCCUGGAGUCUGAAUUCAGUUCAGAAAACCUCAGGUUCUGGCUGGCUGUCCAAGAUCUCAAGAAACAACCCCUACAGGAUGUGGCCAAGAGGGUGGAAGAAAUCUGGCAAGAGUUUUUAGCCCCAGGGGCCCCAAGUGCAAUCAACUUGGAUUCUCACAGCUAUGAGAUAACAAGUCAAAAUGUCAAAGAUGGAGGGAGAUACACAUUUGAAGAUGCCCAGGAGCACAUCUACAAGCUGAUGAAAAGUGACAGCUAUGCCCGCUUCCUCCGGUCCAAUGCUUACCAGGACCUGCUGCUGGCCAAGAAGAAGCCAGAAAGUGAGCAAGGUCGUAGAACUUCCUUAGAAAAGUUCACUCGCAGUGUGUGCUGCUGGCGCAGAGUCAGAAUGGCCGCUGCAUUUCACCCCCGAGGUGGCUUCCUUCCAGCAGUGGGGAAAGUCGCUGGCGGGCAAGCGCCUCACGGGCCUGAUGCAGUCCUCCUGACGGUUCCCAGCACCGGGCAGGGGCCCGGGCCUGCAGAGCUCUCGGGCCGGCGGCGGCGCUCCACAUCUGCGGACAGAGUUUCCUUGCGUGGAGAUUUGGUCACUGUGAAGGAGAAAGAGUGAGGGCCGUGGAAGGCAAUGGUGGGGAGAGUCGGUGGGUGAAAGGGGAGACCAGAAGGAAAGAGUCCACGGAGCCCGGGGCCGGCCAGGAGAGGCCCCUGUUUACAACCUCUCUUCCUUGUACAGUCGUGUGCCAGCGCUCCUGGUCAGGGGAGACCGUCUCAUGGGGUUCCCGGUGGACCAUCACUUAAGAUGAUAUCUUUACUAUGCUCGCUGCUCCAACUGUCUGGGGGAUCAUGCCUUAAGGCAAACACAAAAGGGACAACAGACCAUGGGAACAUCCAGUAUUACACAUCACCUCCCUGUUCUCUAUCUCUUGGGUACCACUUGGGCACCAUAGUUAUGGCCACCGUGUCCCAUCCAUCCUCUUGACUCUUCCACUCCCAGCAGCCACCUGGGUGUAAGGGGCCAGCGUGGGAUACUGUCACAUACAGUGUACCAGUCUCCUCAGCACUAAAGCAACCUCACCUCAAGUCCUUGAAGAGUGCUCCAUGGUCGUAAUGGCUGCCCUCAGUCCUGUCAAAUGUCUCAAGGGUCCAACACCUUGUGGAACCACUGAUUCGGAAAGAUUGUGUUGUUCAACAUCCAUGGAGGUUUUGAUGACCAUCUUUUUAAAAAUUAUUAUUUCAUCUUUUAUCCUGUUUUUGCCCUUCACUCCUUGGUUUUAUUUAAAAUAAAUGUGGGCCGUGAACUUGGGAGCUACUGGGAUUCUCCCCUGCACAGCCCCAGAUAGAGGAUGAGAGGGCAUCUAGCCUAGGAGGUGCCUGGUUGCAGGGCUGACAGCCCUCACAUGAUGUCAUCACUGUCAACACAGUCAGACCCUUGAUGGAUGAGGCCUCAGUGCUACCUAAAGUUGAGGCCAAGUACAGUUUGGCAGGUCCAGGUCAGAGCCUCACCAUUCCCUUCCCAGGCUCAAUCUGAGGGCUCAAAGAAUCCCACUAAAAAAUCCAGUUGCCUAAGAGAAAGCAAAACCUGCAAAAACCUACAAAAGACACCCCUGAACUCCCUUUGUGUGUGUGUCAAAAUAACUCUUUGCCAACUGAGCUGUGACAUCAUGUUUGUAAAGCACCAAGUCAUGUGCUGGAGAUGUAGUAGGUGCUUAACAAAUGGUAGCUAAUACUGUCAUUGUCAUUGUUAUUGUGAUACCUGUGAGCCCUUGGACACAGCUGUAUUAAGUAACCAGUUUUUUAAUUCAAACACUCACCGCCUCAUACACUGCUAUGAUGAUACUCCUUCAGUCUAUUUUUGGCCGCACAUGAAAAAAACCUUCCUUGGGAGGAUCUAUCUGUUUAGACACUUUGAAGGAAAUAAGUGAUCCUUGGUGUUUCUUUACUCAUGCAGGCAAAUUCACCAGCUGGUGACCAAAGUCUCAAAUGCUUCUUCGGCGUCCUGGCCUCUUGGUUGCUUCCCUGUGACCCAUUUUUCCAAUUCCCACCUCUGAAUCUUUUCUGUGUCUGCUUACACACAUUCCUGUCCCCAGGUCCCAGCCUUCUGUCCCUCACAAUGGAGCCACCCUAGGCAAUAAUUCUCCACAUUAUGGUUGUAUUCUUACAGAGUUUUGACCGCCACACCUCAGUUUUCCACCCCUGGCAAUAGUUCCUCUGUUUUUCAGAUGGAGAGGAAAUCACAGAGAUGACAUGUUGGGUUCUCCAAGUAUCCCAAAGGUGGCAAUAUAGAGCCAGAUCUCUGGUGGCCUCCCAUACACUCAGCACAAAGCCUGGCAGUUUGCAGAUACUUGAUAACCACUUGAUGAGUAAAUGGCCAUAAUGAAGCCCUACACCCAAGUUAUAGAGUCUUUCAAUUGCUCUUCACCUCGUAUUACUUUUUAUCCCCUCUUGGUUAUUUAAAUCUCUUGCUUCAAAGCAAGUCAUACUCUUGCAGAGCAUGCACCCAACUUUGCCCAAGGGAAGCUCUUCCCUGCCCAGGCCCCUGGCUAUGCUGCCACUGAGGUAGAGCUAGACAAGGGUGUUCCCAAACAAUGACACCUCUGUGCCCUCAGUUAUUCAGGGCAAGAAGCUUGGUUGCUACCUGCCCUCCCAUGGGCUUUUGGGGGGCAUUCUAAACCAGUCUGCAGACAGGAGAGGGUUGGCUUCCUGGCCAUGAUUUCUGUUCCCCUCUCUUCCUCAAAUUCUCAGCUGCUGUCCCUGAUCUAUGCUGGCCUGAGAAUUGGCCUCAUUCUGGAGGUCCCCAGAGGGCUCACUUGGAACCAAGUGGACUAUGGCACUGAGAAUAGAUGGAAGGCUUCCAAACACCUCUGGGGGCAUCCAGAGGGAACAGCAGGCUCAGUAGAGGUAAGGACAUCUCAGAGGAUUAACCUUCCCAUCCUCUCCCCACAACAGAGGAAGGCUGGGUCCUAUGACUACCAUAGUAUGCUUCUCAGCAGCUCAAGCAAGAGGUUGUAAGAAAGAGGUGCAAAAACUUUGCUCUAACCAAGUGGACCACCACUCCAAGAUCAGGCUACCAUAUAGACUUCAUAAGGAAAAAUUUAGAAAAUUGGGUCUUGGCCACGUUCCCAGUAGUAUGAUCUAGAGAGCCAAACAAUCAGGCUAGAUAAAAUAUUUGAAGACAAUUCUUUAGCAAAACAUAUCUCCCUGCACCAUUCUGCCCUCUAGAAGCCACUUGAGGUCACCUGACUGGGCAUUGUCCCUGGAUCAGAAACUUUUCUCCCUGAGGCUUCACAGAGAAAAUAUCAUUUUGGUAGCCCCUUAGCCAAAGCAUCAGGACAGUCUCUGUAAGUGACCACCAACCCAGCAGUGGUAACACACAAAGCACCAGGCCCAGAGCAUGUGACUGAAAUAACAUUUCUCUGCAUGGAGAAGGUACAACUGGUAGGUUGCAUGUGUAAAUGUCCAGCAGCAGACAGACAACAUGACCCAUGCAGUUGGAAUUCUCUGGGCUAGGGAGCAUCCUUCUCCCCUUCCAUACAGAAUUACAGCAACUUUGUUCUCCUGAGAAGCCACUGCUAUACCCUAGAAACAAUGAUAGACCCAGCUGCCAAUGCAAUUGACAGGGCCUAUGUCCACCUCCUCACUGUUGGUGAUUAGAUACUGGGCCGGCAUCCUGGAAGAGCAUCUGAGUUGCUGUUAAGUCUGAGCUCAUGGGCCCAUGCACUGAGGUUUUUUCCCCUGCAGGAUUUCUGGUAUGUUCAAACUACCUCACCAACAGAACACUAAGCCAGGAGCCUGCCCCUCUUCCUGACUGUGGAAAUUGAUGUUUUUCCUUAAAAAGCAUCCCUCUCAUUCUACUCCAAAUACCUGGGCUUCAAAAGCCACUACCAGGAAGCCUUCCCAGAAAGUGGAAAGAACUGAGAGCUGUUGUUCUUGGGCCUUGUGGAAUGUAAUGGAGGGAGCUGUUCCAGCAAGUUCCAGGAGCUAGGAAGCCCUGGGCUGAAGGAUGAUAAAGGUACCAUCAGCCUCUUAAAGAAUCUGGCUAAGAUGAAUAUGUAGCAAGGACCAUGGACUAGUCAAACAGUGGCCAAAUAAAUCACUAAUAACUCACCACGGGACCCUCCAAACACAGGCCUGUGCUUAUGUAACCAUGGCAACAGCAGAUGCCAGCAACCUACUCAUUAGUGCCACCCAGUGAUAAGGCAUCCCCUGGGCAAAGCCCAGGGGCCAUAAAGUAGCAAAGUAGCAAAUGUAGCAAUAAGGGCUCCAGGGUCCUAAAGAGACAGGGUCCAAAUGACUGGGGCUCAACCCUCUCCUCAGCCUUCGGGCUCAGCCGGCUGCUAUCAGCUGUCUGUGGGGGGGGUGAGACCCUGCUCACACUGAGGGCUCCUGUCCUAUAUUCUAUGCCCACUCACCGCAUGAUCAUGGACACGUUGGAAUGGCCUCUGCAUAGUGCAUGUGGUUCUCAUUAGUUUAUUUUUCUGGAAUUUGGGGAUUGGACCCCAGAACCAAACAUGCUGGUAACAGUCUAAAAAAUAAAUGACUUGAACCCA